GCGGAUCACCUAGAACGGAUUGCAGAUAUCAGAAUUUCCUGUGUCUCCCCAAAGAUAAGCCAAUGCAGGCGACGGCGAGUGCGUGUGGAGCUGUUCAUCGAUUGUUUACAUUCGCCCACCACCCCACUUUCGAUGAAGUCGUUUGGUCGUCAUAUCGCAGUUGGCGCGCUUUUGGAUGGUUUUCGGUUACUGGUUCUGGGGUCGUGAAAAAAGUGUUUUAUAAAUGCACGGUACAUAGAAGAAAGAUGAAAUUAAUUUGCGAAACAUGUACCAUCAACCGGGCUGUGAGUGGGGGCAAACGAGUGUUCCUCAAGACGAUACUGGCGAUCGGCAAGGGCUCAGAAAGGAAGGCGGACGAAACAAAAAUCAUGCUCAUAACGACCAGCAACAAAACCGGCACCAAGUAUGCAGUGCUAGGCAACAUUGACAAAAUAUUCACCCGCUUCCUAGAGGAGGGUAAGGCCACGAUUUCCUUCCGCGUGCCUGAGCAUGAUGUGCAGAUCAAAAGCGACAAGAUCCAGUUGACCGCAUUUCUAAAGGUGCUUAAACUCGUACUUACUGGUGGCCGCCCUGGUAACGAUGGCGAUGGCAAAAUGCUCUCCACGACGGCGACGUUUGUUCAGCCGGUAGCGCUCCGUUUGCCUUGCCUGACGGUGGAUAGCAAGAAGGCCUCCAUGCUAGGGUCCACCAAUGUCCUCAGUACGCGGUGUGUGAUAAAGCACCGCAAGGACUACCCAUCGAAGGGCUUCUCCCGGCUGCUCGUGUCACUACAGAUAUCGGACAUAAAACUCUGCCGGCUCGACACCCAGAUAAUGCUGUUACCACAGCUUCGAUCGCUUAAUCUGUCCAACAACUGCCUGCAGCAGCUGCCCCGAAAGUUUGGCCAACUGCGUCUCACCGAUCUCGAUCUUUCCAACAAUAACCUGCAGGACAGUGCGGACGGUUGGCAGUGGCUACUGGAACCGAACAUACAAACCUCCCUACAAACGCUCAACAUCUCCAGCAACGGACUCUCGUUCCUACCGAUCAACCUCAUCUACGCCCGUUCGCUCGUGACGCUGGUGGCCGACAAUAAUCUCAUACGGAAGAUUCCGUUCGCGCUGUGGAAAAUGCUUCGGUUACGGGAACUCUCGUUGGCCACCAACCACAUCACGUCCAUUCCCGAAACGCUACGACGAAUGCGGCUGCAAAGGUUGGAUUUAUCGGCCAACGAGCUGUUCGAAAAGGAGGCUACCGUGCCGGAUCUACGGUUGCCAGAGUCGGCUACCAAAAUCGGACAGCCAUCGAGUCUGUUCGAAUUGGCGGCUCGGUUAGUAAUUCAGCGAAAGAUACCGUACUGGUUGCCCGGGAUCGUACCGUUUACCAUCGUGGAGACAUUGCAUCGCACACCGCUCUGUGGUUGCGGUCAACCGUGUUUCGAGUCCAGGGUUUACGAGCGUGCCAAGGUGAUAUCGCUGAACUGUAAGCAUAUCAUACUGAACGCGAAUCACCAGCUGUAUGCCGACUGUGUCUUUUGUAGCCAGAAGUGUUCCCGAAAAGUUUAAUAUUA